AUGACGCAGUUUCUACAAGUACAACGCACCGGCAUGAAUUCCAGCACAACGCAAGUGGAAAACGUUGCGCAAAAUGUAUCGCUGCCAGCAAGCGGCAGCAGCGCAGUAGCAAAUAACGACGGCGCAAGUGUAAGCAACAGCGGUGCUGUAGCAAGCAACGAAAUUACUGCCACGCGAAUUUACUCGAACGAAUACAGCUCAACGAACAUAAACACACGUCAUGCAUCGGUAAAAGAAAUAGCAAAUACCCUGCCGGAAUUUGAUCCGAUAAGCGACAAAAGCAUUACGGUGGAACAAUUUAUUGAUCACGUCAAUAAAGUGAUCGAAGCUUAUCGAUGGGAUGAAAAAUUUCUUUUGUUAGCUAUUUAUACGCGACUCAACGGGGUUGCAAGAAUGUGGUUGGACGCAUCACCUGUUCUACAUACAACGUGGGCAGAUUUUGCAAACGCUUUAAAAAGUGAAUUUGGUACAACGCACGAUGAAGCAGAAAUACAUUUUCUGAUGUCUAACGCAACGAGACGCCCAAAAGAACGUAUCAACGAGUAUUGUUUUCGAGUCUCAUCAAUAGGAGUUCGAUACAAUCUUAGUGAAUCCGCUAUUAUACGUUACAUAAGGGUAGGACUGAAGCAUCGUGAGCUUCAGCAGAGUAUUGCAGCAAUGAAGUUUAAUACGGUGAAGCAAAUGAGAGACGCAAUCGAAGAUUACUUUGUAAACCGUGGAGGAUUAUACGAAACUAAAAAUGAACAAUUUGUGAAACGAGACGAACAAAAGGCCAAAGUGGGCGAAGCAGCUAAGCAGCGUGAAUCUACGAGAGCCCAACUUAAGUGCUAUAACUGCAGCGAAGCCGGUCACUUCUCCAAUAAGUGUCCAUUACCGCAGAAACGUCAACGAUGUACAACAUGCAACAAGGUUCACCCAAACGAUGGAAAUUGUGACAAAGCCGCAAAUUUACGACGACUUGGCGUUACAAAUUGUGACGAGUGCUUCAACAAAACGAUUUAUAUACAGUCAAAACCGUAUACUGCUUUCGUCGAUACUGGAAGCCAAUGCAGUAUCAUUCGCGAAUCUGUAGCCGAACGAAUCAAGGCUGAAAGGCGCAAGUGCUGUGUGAAAAUAAAAGGCAUUUGUGGAGGCGUACGCAUACUCAACGAAGCUAUCAUCGUAGAUAUCAUCAUCGACGAAGCUGUCAUCACGGCACAAGUUUACAUUGCCGACGAUAAUCUAGUGCAACAAGACGUUUUGUUAGGCCAAGAUGUAAUCGUUAAUGCCAACGUAACGAUGAAAAUCGACAGUGGUCGCACCAUAUUCGAAAACAAACAAUUAAUACAACAGCCGGUAAUAUCUAAUUGCAAAUUUUCUAAACUUUUAUCUAAUUUCAGCAACGAAGCUGAACGGGUAAAGACGCAGGGUCUUUUAGAGAACUUUGCCGAGGUUUUCUCUACUGGACUAGACGGUAUUGGUAAAACGGACGUGGUCGAAGCUAGCAUCGAACUUGAGAGUAGCCAAACAGUAGCUCAAGUACCGUAUCGCAUUCCAGAGCCGAAACGUAGUAUUGUUAACAGCAUGAUCGACGAGCUGUUGCAACAUGACAUCGUCACCAAAUCUACGUCAGAAUAUGCAAGUCCCGUCGUAGUAAUUAAAAAACAAAGCGGAGGUGAUCGACUAUGCAUCGAUUACCGGCGCCUCAACAAGCUAAUGAAGAAGGAAAAUUUUCCUGUUCCAAACAUCGAGGAACGAUAA